AAGCAAUAUUUUUUGUCUCCUAUCAAAAUGUAAGCGUGUAAAGAAAUUUGAUAUUUAUUAUUUUGGGAUAAUAAUAUUAUCUUUAUCAGAGACAGAGUUCAUUGUUCUCUCCGAAGUUUGGAUCAUCAAUAUUAUUUAAUUAGAUUAGAUUGGAAAAGUCACUAGAUUUGAUUAUUGGACCUUGGAGAUUAAGAAAUGGAAAAUUCAAUUUCAAUAUAAUAUGGUGUUAUUCUGGCCCGAAACACACGAAAUGAUUACGCAAUCAUGAAUGGAGAAUUGUAUGAUGACAACAUUCUAACAAUAUUUACAAUUUGCUAAUACUGAUAUCAUGGAACUCAAAGUUUGGGUAGAAGGAAUUCAACGGGUUGUAUGUGGUGUUAAUGAAUCAACAACUUGUCAAGAUGUUGUGUACGCAUUAGCUCAUGCUACUGGAAAGACUGGCAGAUUCACUCUAAUUGAGCGAUGGCGUAACAAUGAACGUCUACUUGCACCUCAAGAUCAUCCAGUAACUGUUCUUAUGAAAUGGGGAGAAUAUGCCAAUGAUGUGCAGUUUAUAUUACAACGUUCAGGGAAUGUCUCUUCAAAUAGUACAUCCAACAAUCCAAAGUACAAUGAGGCUGAUAGUGUUCCUUAUUUUGCUCAAGAGAGAAAUAAAGAUACUCGGAAAUCAUUAAUAUUUAAUAGUAAUCGCGUACCCGAUAAUGUUGGUGUUGUACGUGGAAUUCCUCAACAAAGACCCAAUGUUCUUCCCACUAUACCUGGAAGUGGUGCAGCACCAUUAACAGUAGUUUCAUCUACUCCGUCUGGUGUUCCCUUAUCAACUUCGCCAACAAAUACUUCUAGUCAUUUAAAUAAAGAUCAGAAUUCAACAUUAACAAAUGGACCAUUGCAAAACUCAACAAGUCCAAACAAAAAGGUUGAUAAUGGUAAUUAUCGGCCUCCUGUUACUAGGGCUUUACCACCAUAUCGAGAACCUCCUCCACCUUCUGUCAGUCCAGCAAGAAUAUCUCCUACGACUGUGGGUAGUGAUCGUUUAAAACAGACAAUUUUCAAGGAGUAUCAGAAUGAAAAUAAUAGCAAUAGUACUAAUGUCAUGUAUAACCCUCAGUAUAAAGAUCUCGUAAGGCUUAUAAAUUAUCAAAGAGAUAAAUUAUCUAUUCAACAAGCAGAACUAACAAAGUAUGAUGCAGAAAUAAUGUAUUGGGAAGGUAAAACUAGGGAACAACAACAUCAGAUGGAUUUUAUGACUCAGGAAGCUGCUAGAAUUGAAGCCACUGGUAGACAUACAGAAGAACAGUUGAGACUUUUAGGCCAAGUAGAAGAAGAAAAUGAUAUUGUUCGUCAGCAAGAAAAAACUUUAAAAUCAGAAAUGACAUUAUUACGAUCUAAAUUGGCUAAUUGUGAAACUGAGUUACUUGUGUGCAAGAACAAAAUACGUCUUUUAAUGGAAGAAGUGGAACUGGAACAAAAAAUGUUAUCAAGAGAUCUAGAAGAGAAGCGGAGAGCAGAAAGGGGUAUUUUGAAGGAAGUUGAUCGAUUACAAAGUGAAGUAGAAAGAGCCAAGCAAGAAACAGAAAUGGCUGCACAAGUUGGAGAUGGUCUACGAAAAGAGGUUGCUAUGUUAGAAACAACUAUAACUGAAAAAAAAAGGCAAGUAGAUAAACUGGUAGCUGACAUGAAAGAAGCAAAUUUGCAGUCUCUAGCUAUUUCACCACCAGAUGAAUUGAAAUUUAUUCUUGAAGGUGCUCAAAGACCAGGAAGCACUCGUAAAAUGAUUGGAUCGCCUAGACAACUAGAAAAUGCGGCUCCUACUAGUAAGAACCCUCAUGGUGUUUGGGUGUAACUUUUUUGUUACUUAAUCAAAAUUGUUUGCUCUAAAAUCUAUUUUAAUUAUUGUUUUAAAUUUUGUGUGCAUUUAGAGCAAUGUUUAAAUUGUAAAUUAUGCAUUUUGAUAACCAAUAGGUUUAUAAAUAAUAGUAAUUGCACAUCACACAAAUUUUGUUUUCUUUUUUCUUUUACGAAACCAAAAAUUUAAUUCUCAAAAUGUAAGUUAAUUUCUUUUAAAUUUGAUCUCUUUAUAAUGUAUUACAUUUUAAUUUUAAGUAAAUGCUACAAUUUUUUUUUAUUAUUCAGCUCAAAUAAAUGUAGGAAAUUAUCUCUUUAUUUAAGUUAGUUAUUAUUUAUUAAUUUCAUAUUAUUUUGUGUAUUAUGAAUUAAUAUAUGUCUAGUAUUGUCAAUAUUUAAAAUCAUUAGCAUCAUUGUCUUCAUUACAUUUUAAAAAAAGUUCAUCACUUCAAAUUAAUAAGUCAAUAAUGUAUUUAUUGGAUAUUAAAUUUUUACUUACUUAUUAUUAAUGUUAUUAUUGUUUUAUUUUCUCGAUUUUAAAAACCGAGAAAAUAUUUUUGUUAUUGUUUAUAUCUUUGGAAAGAAAAUAUUUAUUUUCCGUACCUUAAAGUUUCUUUUCUUAACUUUAAAUUUUUAUUUUACAAAUUUGUUAAAAAAAUUUCAUUUUUAAAAUAUAUUGUAUUGUCAUACAUUUAGUGCCACUAAAAAUUUAUCUUUCAUAUUUUAAAUAAGUUUAAUUAGUCUAUGAAAUCAGUUUGCAUUGUUAUUUCAUUAGUCUUUAGUAUUAUUAAUUAUAAUAUGGAAAUGUAUGAAAAACUAUUUAUUAUGUUUAAUGGCUGUUUUAAUAUUUAUUUAUAAUGUUAUUAAACAGUUUAAUUUUUAUUUUACUAUGAAAGUAUGUAAUUAAAUUGUUUAAUUAAGUUAUUAAAUAUUGUGUUCAAAAAGUAUUUUGAAAUUAGUCUUCGUUAUCAUUAUUAUUUUUUUUAUAAUUUAUUAGUCAAUUUUUUUAUUAUUAUUAUUGAAUGAACAUAUUUUUAAUUUAUUGCCUUUUGUAGCCAUUGUUGAGUAAUAAACUUGCUUUUACAGACUUA